AUGGCCAGCACAGUUCACGAUUACAAGUAUUCUGUCCAGGUUAGAAGCAGGUUCGAUCUGCUUGCCGAUGAGGAACUCAAUGCAGAGGACCCGGAGAUAUAUCUUGACAAGUUACGCUCGAGGAAGCGCGAGAGAAAAUCCUCAGGGCCCUCUGCAAAAGAGGCUUCAGUAAGCAAGGCCACCGGACCUAGUGUAGAUGGUGACCACAAGGUCUCUGAGCAGACGAAGCAAGAGCAAAAUGGUGCACAACGCAACGGUCCCCGUGGUGCAGAAGGUGCUGCUGCCCCACGUGGCGAACACUGGGAGGGUAGAGGACGCGGUGGCCGUCAACGUGGCGGGUUUUCACGUAGCAGACCGGGCAAAUCUGGUGGGCAACGUGAGUUCGACCGUCAUUCGGGCUCGGAUAAGACGGGCGUCAAGGCAGUGGUAAAGAAAGAUGGACAUGGAACUGGUAAUUGGGGCACUAUCGAAGACGAACUAGAGGCCCAGAUGGCAGACACCACUCUUGAGGUUCCCGCUGAGGAAGAGACGCCAGUGGCUGAAGUUAAAGCUGCCGAACCCGAACAGGUGCCUGCUGAAGAGGAACCGAAGACGAUUACUCUCCAAGAAUAUCGUAAAAAACUCAAUGCCUCGAAGUCGAAAGUUCAACUGACAACGAAGGGGUCUCGACCUCCAAAUGAUGGCGAGAAUGUGUUCUCUAAUAUGGUUGAAGUACAUAAAUCAAAGCCUGUGGAACAAAAGGUCGAGGUCUUGCUGGAAGACAAGACAACCGAGGAAGAGGCGAAACCGGUGUUCUUUGAGUUCGGUCGGGGAAGACCACCACUGCGUGGUCGUGGGCCACGACCCUCUGGCUCUGGUGAAACUCGCGGUCGUGGUGGCGUUGCAAGACAAGUUGAACGCGUGCAGGAGCCCGCUGAAACUACCGAGGCUGCGGAUCCGCCUCCAGAUAUUCCUGUCCGUGGUGGUCGUGGGCGUGGAAUGGGCGUGUUCCGUGGUCGUAGGGGUGCUCGAGCUCCAUUCAACCCGGAUCGCAGAGGAGGUCGUGGUAGGGGCGGUGGGGCAGACCGUCCAUUCUUCCGUGGUGGUGAGCGAGGUGGCCGCGGCCCAAGAGGCGGUCCGCGUGGAGCCAUGAGACGUGGUCGGGGAAGUUUUGAACCAAGCGAAGGCGAACGUCGCCCGACCGGUUCUCGCCCUGCUCCCUCAAUGGAUAGCGAUGCUGACUUCCCGGCGCUGAAGUAA